AUGGCAGAGAAAAUUAUCAAUCAAAUAAAAAAGCAAGCCCAAGAAUAAGGCGAAUUGGAAGAACUUGAUAUCUAAGAGAUUAGAAUAGAGUAGCUAACACCAGAGAUUACGGAAACUUUGAAAAAGCAUAAAAAAUUAUUAACUUUGGCUAUUACAAGUUGUGGACUCAAGCAAUUAAAUGGAUUGCCUACCAUGGAUUCAUUGGAAGUGUUGAUUUUAGAAGAUAAUAGUUUAGAUGGAAGUGCAUUAAAGUAUAUAAGUGAAAAUUUCAAAAAUAUAGUCUGCUUAUCCUUAGCCUGUAACUAAAUCAAAUCAUUAGAAGUAUAAAUUGAGACUUAUUAUAGGAAUUGCAAGUACUAAAAAAUUUAUCAGCUUUAUAAUAAUUGGACUUAUCUGAUAAUGAAGUGGAAUAGCAAGAUGGGUAUCAUAAGAAAAUCUUUGAAAUGCUACCAAAUUUGGAAGUAUUAGACAAUAAAAAUAAAGAUGGGAAGUGUAUAGAAUACUCAGAUGUAAAUUAAUUAUUAAUCAUAGGAAGAUGAUGAUGAUGAAGAAGGUAUUGAAAAUGAUUCUGAAUUUAAUGAUGACGAAGAUGAAGAAGAAGAAGAAAGUGAAGAUGAAUCUCCUAAGCCAUAAAAGAAAACAAAGAAAUGAUUUUAAUCUAU